AUGACAACAAGUAAAAUUAAAAAUUUAUUUUAUCAUGUUGGAUUAUUAUCCCAACUUCCGGAAGAUCUUAGACCUCCAUCACCAAGUGAAAAAUAUUGUAAAUCAUUGAAUGAUAAUAAAAAAAAUGGUUGGAAAAUAUUAUCUACAUUAUCAAAUUCAUUUUCAAAUAGUUUUGAGAAUAAAGAAUAUAAUGAUAUUAUUCAUGAUGAGUGUACAUCUUCAUCUAUUGAUGGGUCUGGAAGUAAUGAUGCUGAUGAUAAUUUAGAUUUUGACCAACAUAGUGUUAAAAAUUUAAUUAAAAGAAUUUUAUCUGUUAGAUCUUCAAAUUCAACAACCAAAGAUAUUUCAUCAAAUGAUGUUUCAAUACAGGAAAGUGGGUACAUUCAUUAUGAUGUAUUUCUUGGUGGUAGUUGUGGGCAUACAAUAUGGAGAAGAUCAUUAGUCAUACCAUACUUAGAUAAAAGAGAUAUUUCAUAUUAUGAUCCUCAACGUCCUUUUUGGACAGAAUCAAUGAUGUAUGAAGAAGCAAUUGCAAAAGAAAAUUCAUCACUUUUUCUUUAUGUACUAGAUCCAGAAACAAUAAAUGCUGUAUCUUUUUUAGAAAUAGCAUAUUUUGCCAGUAGAAAAACACCAAAAUUAGUUGUUGUUUUUUUAGAUAAAAAAGAAUGGAAAGGUAAGGCACACCCAUUAGAUUUACCUGAUCGUCAAAGAACAUGUGAUCUAAUAGAAUUAAUAUUAACAAGACAUAGUGUACCAUUAUUAACUUCAAUAAAUGAAGCAUUAGAUUAUGUUGAUGAAAUGAUAAUAGGUGACAAAGAAUGGAAAGCAGCAUUAAAAAAUAAUAAACAAAGACUUCCUUAUUUAAAAAUUCAAUUUCAAAGAUUUAUAUCAAAUUCAAAAAAAAAAUUAUCAACAACAAACAGUCUAUUUAAUUGCCAUAAAAAGAAUAAACAUAAAUUUUUUAAUAAUACUAAUGAAAUAGAUAAUACCUAUUAUUGCAAAUAUUUUACUAUUCUACUUUUAAUUGAAACAAUUAUAUUUAUUUUUACAUUAUUAACAUUCUAUUCAUAUAUAAUACCAACAAUAUUACCAGAUCUUUAUAUAAUUUUUAUAUGUCUAAUAUUAAUAUUAUUAAUUAAUACAUGUUUUAUAUUUGGAAUAUCAAUGAUGGAAAAAUUUAGAAAAAAAUUAAAUAUUAAUAGAUAUAAUAUUAAUGAAAAAAAUUUAAUAUUACCAAGUCCACCAAUAAUGAAAACAAAAUGUUUUAUAUUAAAUGAAAAUGGUGAAAAAAUUAUAGAAAAUGAAAAAUCAUCAUCAUUAUUAUAUAAUAAGAUGAUUGAUAAUAGAAAAUAUAAUGAAAAAUAUUGUCAAAAAAUGCCAUUAUCAUGUAAUAUAUAUAAUCAUAGUAAUAAAAAUAAAUAUUUUAAAAAUAUGAAAAAUAAAGAAAUAAUAUCAGAUCAUAAUUUAAUUUCAAAACCCACUCGUCAAUCAGUUACAGGUUCAUUAGUAAGGCAAUAUCCUAUAGGAUAUGAUGUUUUUUUAUCAUCAAGUAGUUCAAAUGAAUUAGAUUGGAUAACACAAAAAGCUAUACCAAUAUUAGAAAAAUUUAAUCUUUCUCAUAUAUCAUCUUCUAAUUGUGUUAGUGAAAUGAAAAUGCCUUUACUACAUUCAUCAUCACAUAUUCUUUAUUAUAUACCAUCAUAUAAAACAUUUUUAUCUGGAAUGAUUGAAGUUGCCUAUUAUAUUGGACAAUCAGAACUUCAAGUGACAGUAUGUGUACCAAGUGAAGCUGAAUGUUUACUUUUAAAUUAUAAUAAUAAUCCAGAAUUGGAUCCUCAGACAAUUGCAGCUGUAGAGAAACGUAAUGACUGUUAUAAAAUGGCCUUUACAUAUUUAAAAGAUAUGGCAAAUAGAAGUCAAGUAAAAGUUUAUACAAAUGUAGAAGAUGCUAUAAAACAUAUUGUAGUAAAAGAAAAAAGAAAAUUAAAAAUUCGUAAAAGUCACAAUUUUGAAAUAAACAAAAAUGAUAGAAAAGUAGAACUUCCUUCCUCAAAUUAUAUAUUUGAUUUUGAAAAAACAACAAAUUGCUCAACAAUAAUUGGAUCUCAAUCUGUAGAUCAGUUAUCCUACUACUCAGGUUCAUUAAUUAAUUACAAAAAUUAA